UACUGUUGCUCCGUCUGAUUGUCAAGAGAUCACGCAGAGGACGGCUUCACGCCGGGAGCGAAAUUCAUAAUGUCCCUCACCGAGAGCGCGGGUUCAGGGGCCGUAUUCUCAGCUGGCCUUCCAGUCGAGCAGACUGCCGUGCCCGGUUUAACCUCUACAUUUCAGCAACUAACGGCCUCCGCCGCGAAUGCAACAUAUAAUCUUACGCCAUCGCCCAAGGACCUGUUGAUGGUCGUUCCCCGGAUUAUCCGCCGUGUGGGAUCUUUGGCCUUUGCCAACACUGUCGAUCAGAUAGAUAACGUUAUUGGAGGGGGUUAUGGAGGAAGCGUCAUUGCGGAGGCCACCGCUCAAGGUGGGGCCCUUGCUGGCGCUGCAGCUGCUGAACCAGCGGCUGCUUUUGCUCAAGGCUCAGCUACAGUCGGAAUGAAUGCUGCUGCUGCUGAAGGUGCGGCUUCCGUCAACGCUUCCCAUUUGUUCGGAUUCCAGAAUGUCCGCAAUAUUGGAGGUCUUGUUGCCUACAUGACGAGUAAAUGGGCACUUGCGUGUAUUACCAUGGCAAUCAUUCUCAACCGUACCCAAAUAUAUGCAGCAGCUCGGCGACGUAUCAGAUUACAUUGGCAUCUCCGUCUGGCGCUCCGAAUCAUACCUAUAACCCUGUUUGCAUUGCAAACCCUGAGGAUGCUCCAAGCCCUGCGCUGUCAGACUUCGCCCGAAUUCCCAUCGCUGCGAUUUGCCACUGGUAUUAAGAAGCCACUGCUAGACUUCGGGCCCCCAGGAGGUCUGUUCUAUCGGCUCAGUUCUAGCAUACUAUUUUGGCAAGAUGAUACCGAGAGCUGCGUUGCCGCAGACAUGAUACAGCCAAGGCGCCUCUUUCCGCUUCUACAUGGCUCGCUUUCACGAUUAUGGCCUCUCUUUCAAACACUAUUUCUAAGCCAGUUUAUCGAGACACUGUCCUGCGCGCUUCAAGGUCGACAGCCUAUGGCUGAGACCGGAAUGACUCUAUUCGAGCAUUCCCUUGCGUUUUCUGAGGCAGAGACGAUGGUACAUUCGCAGUUGGACUGGGGUCUGAGCAAGGCCGGUGGCGAGAUAGCGUCGAAUAUGACAACAACACUCUCUGCUGCUGCCUCGGCGGCGGCUGCCGCCGCAGCCGCAGACGACGAGGGCACAAUUACAGUCCCCCGCUCAAUAAUCAUUGAUGCAUUGAACGCUCCGCCUGAAAUGUUAUUUAUCGCUAUUGUGUCGAGCAUGAACCAUUUGACCAGCCAUAUUCUUGCGGUAUUUGGCCUACAAAGUCGAUUUCGACUUAUCAAUACUGCCACAUGGGGAUUCUGUUUCAUGGCCUCAUUUCUCUGGAGCUUUUUCACCUUCUCUCCGCGGCCUGGAGGCGACCUUGGCAUUCUCAGAUUUCCGAGUGUUUGUGUUAUUGGGUUUAUCCCACAUAUCCUUAUCCUCGCUGGUAUCCUUAUCUGCGGCGCUAUCUAUAUGUUAGCCCUCAUUCUCACUACUCUUGCACUGCCUCCUGGCCAUGUUCCCACGCGUUCAUGGAAAGAGAGGUUUAUAAUUGCACACGAGACCCUGCUCGCAAAUCAUCAACUCUCUUCCAUUCGUAUCAGCAUGUCGGAAGAUUUCUAUACAACUCUCCUCAAAAUUGGCUUUGCUGCUCUGACAGCAGCCAGCGAGGCGGUCUUCUUGAAUGAAGGAAGACGAGUCGCGGUGCGCAGGUGGACAUGGUUAGAAGAAGAGAGAAUGAAGGAACUUGACCGUGCACGAUUCAUAGGUCUCAACGUCCCCAGCGAGCUGGCAGAAACCUUGGGGAAUUACUCGGUCCUCGACGGCGUCGGGAUGACGGAUAAUUCUGCCAUCUCACAAGAUUCCCGUCUCGUGCAUUCAACCAGCGGCUAUGCCCGAGAGCGGAGUGCCAAAGGCCAAAAGGACAAGUCCAAGACUGGUAGAGCAGCUUUGAGGAAUGAUGGCGUAGGGGCUCUACAAAGAGGUGCUCGGUGGAUUAUGGCCUGGGAGUAUCUACGGGGUAUAUUUCAACUACUGAGUAGCUGGAGUGCUGUUUUCCUCCUCACUAUGCUUGCCAAGCUCGGAGUUACACGCCGCCCUCGUUGGCUUCAGAUUCUUGCAGUGCGUCGGCAUGGAUCCGGUAAAGACCGUCGCAGGAGAAGUGGACGGAACUCGCCUCAAUCUCUCGAGUUUUGGAUCCUCUCCGCUAACGGCGAACUCUCUCUACCCACCAACCGCGACGUGGAUGUUGAGACUGAGAUGCGACGAAUGCGCCAGUUUGGCUCAGAGUAUUGGACAGAUGCCGAUGAGGAGCGGCUCGACUCGAGCCUCUACGGGUGGUGGGCGCACGGAGGCUGGUGGGGAGACCGCGACGAAAGCGGUGAGUAUCAAGCCGACGACGAUGAGGACGACACUACCAGUGUCAUUUCCAUGGCCACAACUCACGAUGAUCAUCAUGACCGAGACGAACACGCGUGGGAAACUGACGAUGGCUCGGACUCUGGCCGUCGCACCCCGACUCAGUCCGACCCUUUUCCUGACGCUGAUGAAUACACCCAUUCCCGCUCACUCACACAUACUCGCGAAUCUUCUCCCAUGGUCGACACCACUCUUGACCCAGCCUACCUUGCACGGCUCCUUGACCCCAGCAACCCCGAACAGCGCCAAGAAGCCCGUCUCUUAUCCCACCAUCUCGCCAGCCCCGGCAUACUCACACGUUCGCAGUACCGCCGUGCACAGGAAGCCCAAAGGACACAGAUCCUCACAUCCACGCGCUAUCGGCCUGUUGGCUCCACAGUGCCCGUCAACAGGACGCUGACUCCCGAAGAAGAAGCCGAAUUGCUCGAACAAAUCAUCCUCGCGCGUCGGUCGCACCUCCGGAGUCGAAAUACUGCGCAAGAAUGGGAACAGGCAUGGCAAAACACCGACAGUGGUAAUGAUGCAUCUGCCCAGGACCCCCUGACCUGGAAACAAGGCGGCGAAGGACUCGGAUCUGGCGGUCCCCAAUGCGUCGUCUGCCAGUGCAGUCCCCGUACUAUUCUCAUCUGGCCCUGUCGCUGUCUCAGCCUCUGCGAGGACUGUCGAAUCAGUCUCGCCAUGAACAAUUUCGCAACCUGCGUCUGUUGUCGUCGGGAAGUUGUGGGCUUUUCAAGAAUUUAUGUUCCGUAGUUUUCCACUCCUGCACUCGAUGGUCCAUAUUCCCCGUUACUUAUGUUCCCUUCCAUUUUUUUCUUUGAAAUUUUUACUAUUAUCUUCUCCACAUUGAU